AUGCUGUUCCCCGGCGAUCCGAGACUAGCACCUGUGCUGCUAUUUUCAAACAAGGCCGGGGGACUGCCGUACGUCUGGCUUAAAUCUCAGUACUGGGUCGAUUUCCUUGCCAUGGAACUCCCGCACCUCACCGCGGAGGAUAAGAAAAUCCUCAUAGAAGGCGGUCGUGUUGACCGCUUCCUCAGUAUUGUCGGGCCAUCCGGUGCUUGGGCACAGAAUGCCCUUUCACAGACGAAUAAUAUGAGGCUGCUUGUGGUGAUUUGGGGCGAUCAGCAGCGCAAGACUCCCGCGGGAAACAAUCAGCGAAUUUGGUGGGAAGCCGUACCCACCGCGUAUCGUGGGCCCGUCACCAUCUGGGCAAGAGAAGGACACAUCACCGCGGGCGGAGAGAAGAUCGAGGGACAUCUUGGGAGCUGGGUAGUGCAAUCGAAUGGCAGUGGCAGGUGCAGUCUAAAGGACGACAAGCGGCUAUUUACAUUUCAAGUGGAGGAUUUGAUCUCGGGCGAACUGGUGCAGCUUCAUAAGAUGAAAGAGACAGUGUGA